GGGCAAGGAUGGGGGAAGAACGCUAGGGAACAAGGGACAGGGAUGGGAAAGGAUUGGAAUGAUGGACCAGCGGGGAUGAUGCUGGUAAGUGAGAGGACGGAGUGUGUGGGUGAGUAUAGCAGUGGGGGAAGAGAAGAGUGGGGGUCAAACAAGCAAGUGGAAAUGUGAGCAGAGGAUGAAGGAGGAUAAGGGAAGGGGCAGAGCUGGAAGGAAAGGCACAGGACGAAGGGGGCAAAGAGAACGGUAGGAGGAGCAGGUGGAAGGGAAAGGAGAGAGCAGCGCUAGAGAGGGAAGGGAGAGGAGAGGAGAGGAGAGGACAUAGUUAAAGAGAGAAGGGAGAGGGGAGGAAUAGGCUUGGGGCUGGAGACAGCUCCUGGGGCUCUGGGAUUGCCUGUGAUCCAGGCCAGAGAGGGUCAAGGCCGGGGCCGGGACGGGGACGGGGACGAUGCGCUCCGGGCUGCUGAGGCUCCCCGCGGCCGGCCGCCGCUGGUACCGGGGCUCGGGGCAUCGGGCAGAGGCCGGGCCGCACCGGGUGAUCGACCUGCGCAGCGACACGGUGAGCCGGCCCGGCGCGGCCAUGCGGGCCGCCAUGGGCAGCGCCGCAGUCGGGGACGAUGUGUACGGAGAGGACCCCACCGUCAACGAACUUCAGAGGCGAGCUGCUCAGCUGUUUGGAAUGGAGGCUGCUUUGUUUGUUCCCACUGGAACAAUGGGGAACCUGAUUUCAGUUAUGUGUCAUUGCUGGGAAAGAGGAACGGAGCUCAUUGUUGGAGAUCGAGCACACAUUCAUAUCUUUGAACAGGGAGGUGGUGCACAGAUUGCAGGAGUUCAUUCACGUGUUGUGAAGAAUCUUCCAGAUGGGACUUUUGAUCUGAAUGAAUUGGAAUCCAACAUACGACACGAUUACCCUGACCCGCACGUCACCAGAACAAGCCUCAUUUGCCUGGAGAACACCCACAAUGUGAAAGGAGGCCGUGUCCUGCCACUUCCCUUUCUCCAGGAGGUGCGAGAGCUGGCCGACACCUACAAGCUGCCGAUCCACAUGGACGGAGCCCGCCUGAUGAACGCGGCCGUGGCCCUGCGUGUCCCAGCCUCGGACAUCCUGCAGCACUGUGACUCUGUGUCCCUGUGCCUGUCCAAGGGUCUCGGCUCUCCGGUCGGCUCCAUCAUUGGCGGACGCAAGGACUUCAUUGAGCGGGCGGUGCGGCUGCGCAAGGUGCUCGGGGGAGGCAUGAGGCAGGCGGGCGUGUUGGCCGCGGCUGGGCUCAUCUCCAUCUCAGACAUGGUGGACCGGCUCGAGGAAGACCACCGGAACGCCAGGACCUUUGCCCAAGGUAUUAAGAUGUACGCCACGCCGUUCUGUGAGGUUGACGUGGACACUGUGGAGACGAACAUCCUCCUGUUUACAAUCAACAGCCCCCGAGCCACGGCCGAGGAGUUCUGCAGGAGGAUGGGCGAAGUGAGCGAGGAGGAGGUGGCGGAAACAGGCCGUGGCGUGCGCGUGCUCCUGUUCCCAAUAUACGGGCACAUACUGCGCGCCGUUUGGCACCUGGACGUCUCGGAGGAGGACACCCGCCUGGCCUUGGGGAAGCUGCAGUUUGUGGUCAAUAAACUGGAGCAGCGGUCAACCUAACCCGAAGAUCGACACAAAAUUCUGGAGUAACUCAGCGGGAAAUGCAGCAUCUCUGGAGAGAAGGAAUGGGUGAUGUUUCGGGUCGAGACCCUUCUUCAGACUGAUGUCAGGGGAGUGAGAACUGUAUCGGUAAGGAAGUGUAGGGUGUGAAAACAGGACAGAGGGAAUGGAUCAAGUAAAAUGUAGAACAGAUCAUUGUUUGUUGGGAGAAGGUAACAACAAAGCAGAGAUAAAAUGUAGUCGGAGACAGUAAGACUGGUCGGAGAUAUAUAUACUUCCUUAUCUAUGUAUCUCCCACUCCCCUAACAUCAGCCUGAAGAAGUGUCUCGACCCGAAACGUCACCCAUUCCUUCUCUCCAGAGAUGCUGCCUGUCCCGCUAAUCUACCGAGCAUUUUACGUCUAUCUCCGAUUUAAACCAGCAUCUGCAGUUCCUUCUUUCCUCACUCGCCGCACCUUGACCUACUCCGUCCACGGGAAUGAGUGCAAUAUUCUACUUCCAACUAUCAGGUCUGGCGCGGAGUACGGCGAUAUCUAUUGCUGCAGGUCAUGGUGUAAGAUGAACAAAUCCCGUGACCCAACCAGAUGAUGUUCAAAUGUGAGAGUAUAUCAAGGAAUCAGUGGCAUAAUCGGCACAUUAAAAUGGAAUUAAAAUCUCUAUUAAA